AUGAAAGUUCACAUGCUUGCAAUGAAGUACAACUUUGAAUUUAGAGUGAAGAAAUCAAACAAGGAAGUCUAUACAAUUAUUUGCAUAGAUGAAAAAUGCAAAUGGCAUUUGCGAGCAACUAAAUUCAAAAAUUGUGAUUACUUUCAAGUUCACAAGUAUGUACAAGAACAUACUUGCUCUAUGAGUAUUCGCCAAAAUGAUCAUAGACAAGCAAGAUUGUGGGUUGUUGGAAGACAUGUAAUGCCUAAGUUUCAAAAUCCCAACACGAUAUAUAGACCUGCAGACAUCGUUAAUGACAUGCGUCGGGAAUUCGCUCUUGGACCUUGCAUUCCCGGAUUUCACUCUUCAAUGCGGAAAGUAGUUGUCGUUGAUGGAACAUUUUUUAUGGGAAAAUACAAAGUUGAUUCUAAAAAUGAUGCAUCAUGGACCUGGUUUUUUAUGAAAUUGAAAGAAGUAACAGGGGAUACUGAAGAUCUUGUUGUUAUAUCUGAUCGACAUCCAAGUAUUAUCAAUGGAGUUCAAGCUAUCUAUCAAAAUGCCCAUCAUGGUCAUUGCAUCUAUCAUAUAAAAGCAAAGGCAUAUACUUUAGAAGAGUUCGAAAAUUAUAUGAAUGAAAUAAAGAGAAUUGAUAUUAAAGCUUGGGAAUAUUUAGUGAAAGCGCCUUUCCAUCUUUGGGCAAGGUCACACUUUCAGGGGAACCGUUACAAUAUCAUGACAUAG